AUGUGGAAUUGUUUUGAACGUUUAGAAAAUGAUUUGCCAAAAACGAAUAAUCCAGUAGAAGGCUGGAACAAUGCAAUGAAUCAAUUUGUUGGUGUUGCUCAUCCUGUUAUUUAUAAAAUUAUCCAAGAUAUCAAAAAAGAACAACAUUCAACUCAAAUUCUUAUUGAAAAAUUUGAAAGUGGAAGUUUGAAGCUAUCGCGACGAGCAAAAUAUGAAAAAAUUGAUCAGAAACUUCAACAUCUUGUUACACAAUAUAAUAUAAUGUCGAAAGCUGAAUAUUUUAAACAUUUACGUAUAUUGUUUAGUUUUUGA